GGGGUAGCUGGGCGGUGUCUGUCUUUAUGGGUGGGCCGCACAGUCAGGAAAUGUGUAAGAAAAGAGCUGUGAAAAAACGGUGAUCCCUCGUUGUUCACAUGAGUUUGAUGAGGCUGAGUUCAUUGGAGAGCCCACCACUGUUCAUCAUCAUGAACCUAGCCAGAGAACAGCAUAAAGGAUCUGAGCUGCAGCUGCCUGGAAGUCUGUGACGUACUUAAAUGUGUAUUUCAGAAACAAGCUGAAGAUGCAGGGGGCCAUUGCACGAGUGUGUAUGGUGAUGGCCGCUGCCAUAUUAAACCACCCCUUGCUCUUUCCCCAAGAGAACACCACACUCCAGGACCAGGAGCUCAUAGCUCGCAUGCGGGAGCACGAGGAGAGGCUUGAAAUGGAGCAGGCCAGGCUGGAGAAAGAGCUUUCACAUCUGGACUCAAAGGAGGAAGAACCUAGCUCGGAGGAAGGUUAUAGUUGGUACUUUUGGAGCAUAGUGUAUUUCGUCAUAUUCUUCGCUAUCGAGAAGUGCAGGGUGCAGUGUGGUGCUGACACAGAAAUCCGGCCAGUUGAGGAUGAAGACAUGUUUUUAGAGAGUGGAUCCAUCACCCCCAGGACGAUGGUGCUGGAUAAGGAUAUCCUGACCAACUUCUGUGACAAAUGCACCUACACUUCAGCCCAUGAAAACUGGAGGGUGAGGGAGUUUGUUGAGGGUUUUGCCGAUGACUUGCUUGAAUCGCUCAGGAGUGUAUGUGACAGGGAGGCAGACAUGGAGGUCUGGGACUUUGUCGGGAUUGGAAGCAUGUUUGAGUCAUGGAAGGUUUGCAAGCCACUGAUGUGCGACCUUAUAGUGCCUUUCUCGCCUCCAGAUCCAUACUCCUUUCAGUUCCACCUGUGGUGCAGCCCCUCCAGUGACAUGCCUCCCGACAUGCAGGGCUGCGGCAAGAUAAAGGUGACCAGGUUUGGUGAGAACGAGGAGGGCUGUCUCUGUGGCAAUGCUAACCUGGGAGAGGACAUGCUUUGUCUGUUGCAUGGCAAGGAUGACACACUCAAAGUGGACCAUAGUCCUGAUGAAUUGCUGUGCUCUAGAAACACACGUUUCUUAGCCAAAGAUCAAGUCAUGAAGUGGUUUCAGAUCUCUGUAACCAAAGCUUGGGGACGCAUCUCUCACAAAUACGACUUUGAGGUCACUUUUCGCAACCUGGAUGCUGCCGGUGCUCUGAAGAUCCGAUUCCGUUCAGGGAAAGUCAUCGUAAUGAACAUCAUACCGGUGGUUCAGUUGGAGGAUACAGAUGCUUAUUUCGUCUCACACUUUCCAUCAGAUUGUGACAGCUUUCCUGACCCAUACUGGCCCCUCUCUUUUGCUGUCUAUGAGAGGAAUUUGCUGAAACAUUUCACUAAACGCCUACCACAACAUUCCUGUCAUUUACACUGCCUUCAGAUAGUUACCUUCCUACACAGAAAGCAGACAGGGCUCACAGGAAAAAGUGCCCUGACUAACUACCACUUAAAGACUGCUCUGUUGCAUCUGUUGCUGAGUAAAAGGCCCUCUGUGUGGGGCAUUAAGAGUGUGGAGCACAGGCUUCGGGAUGUGCUCAGCUUCUUGCAGAGGAGCCUACAUGAGAAGAGACUUCAUCAUGUUCUGAUUGGGAACAGUAACGUGCCAAAGGAAGUCCAGGUACCUGAGAUAAUUCGCAAAGCAGAGCCCAUCAAUCUGUUCCGGUCUCUGGUGUUGCAGAGGGAACUUUAUGCAACAACAGUCAGGCAUUUCCACGAGAUGUUGAGAAAUGCACCUGUGCUCAUACAAGAGUACACACCGCACUUACCAAAUGGAGGUUUACACCAGACUAGAUGAAAGUUUGUGAGCUUUGGCCAGGUAUUUUAUCAUGACUAAAGCACUAGCAGAUCUUUAAAUAUCACUGUGUUACUAAGAAUAAGGUUAAAAAUAGUUGCACCAGCUACACAAAUAAAAGGUGCACAUUACGUUAUUUUAGUUACCUAACCCUUGUUGCAGUUGCUUACUUUACGCUUGACAAGGUAGUGUGAAUAAGGGACUCUGAACAAUACAUUAGCAGAAUUUAAACUGGUUUCUUUUUUUUUUUUAAUUCAGUCUGUAGGACUGUUUCUUGCUUGUUUUAUAGGUGUAACCUGGACGAGAGUUUUUCAGUAGUUAUUUGCUGCCUUUUAAAAGAAGCAGCAACAAGUAUUAGUAAUGCAUCUCACCAUACACCUAUAAAAGGCAAAGCACUUUUUUAAAUCAAACAUUUAAACAGAAAUACCUCUCAUGUUAUGCUGGUCUAAAUGGAGAGUAAAUUACCAGUGUAGCAGUGUUUUUGUUUGCAUUCAUACUGUUGCAAAUCUGAUGGCAGCUAUUACACUUUGUAAUGUUCAAUGUUUUUUUUUUAUUUAUUACAGAGCAAACUUUUGUUACAUUUCUACUGUCUUGUCCGGUUGUCCCGUUUAUUAAUGGGACCACCCUGUGUAGCCUGGGGGAAAACAUGUUUAUUAUAACAGUCAAAAAAUCUGAUUCAGGCCAGAGUCAUUGUACAAUUAUGUACAAUUUUUAUUAGAAAAAGUGUCACAUCAUUAAGCACCUUGAGUCAUAUUUACCUCACUGUACCUCAUUCCUAUUAUAGUUCAUAUUUUUUUCUUCAAUAACAAAAUAAGUCUUAAUUGUUUAAUAAAAACAUGAAUUGUAUCACUUUAAUGUUUUAAUUUACCGUAUAUUUUCCUAUUACAUCAGAGUUAGAAAAAA